AUGUAGAAACUCCUAUUUUUCUGCAAAAACAAAGAGAAAUGGCUCGCUUUCAGCCCUUUUGGGCGGGUUUUGAGACAUCGUUUGUUUAGUAGACAUUUGAUUUUGACCCUGGCAACCCUGCGUAGUAGGUUACUUUACCUGUGUGCAGGUAGCCAACGUCGCAUCGGAAUAAGAGCUCUCGACUCCUUGUUUGCUUGCGUAGUUAGGAUAAAUCUAUGUGUUCGGAUUUAGACUAUAUCAUACAGAAGUGUAAAACUCGGACCGAAGGAAAUGGCAGUCAGCUUUUUUGGGAAAGUUAUCAUACCGUUUUUGGCUUAUUUUCUCGUGGAGGUGACAGGUGAACAGCAGUAUGGUGGCCUGGGARGAGAKAUCACCCUGACCCCCAAGGUCUCAGGACAGCCUGAGGACAUCCUGUGGAMAYACAAUGGGAACAAGGUGGUGGAGUUUGAUGGGAGUCAGAAUGUGGAGUAUGGCAGGUAYARAGGCAGGACCAUCCUGRACUGGGRCUCUGGAGCGCUAACUAUAAAAGGUCUCACUGAUGCAGACAGUGGGCCCUAUGAGUUAGAGGCUGUCGUCAAGGGCAAGCUGCAGUACUCUCAUCAUGAGGUGGACGUUAUUGAUGAUGUGGCACAGCCCAGCAUUUCCUGUGUGGUCGACAACACAACCCCAGAGAACAUGGACAGAACCCUGCUGUGCUCAGCUGACCUGCAGCCCCUGACCCAGUUCAUCUGGAGGAGUCCUGGAGAGUCAGAGAGUCCAGGACCUGAACUGUUCAUACCUGGGGUGGAGAACCAGGAAUCUGAGAACCAGGAUUCUGUCUACACAUGUGUGGUGAAAAACCCUGUUAGUGAGAGAACUGCAGAGUUCACCCUGAAGGACUGCUACACUGAGGAAGGCUCAACAAGUGUCCGGGCUGUGGUCCUGUCCGUCCUCAUUCUUGUCUUAGUGGUCGUUCUGGCAUUUCUCCUGUGGUGCUGCAGGAAAGGCAAGAAACCGGCUGAAGCUGCACUGAGAACAUCUGAAGAGGAGGCGGGACUGAUGGAAGUUACAGUACAAGGAAACAAAGAUUCUGAGGAUGACCAUUCUGAGAACAUUGGAAAUAGAACUUCUACAACAAAAGGAAAGGUGAAAGAGCAGGUAAGGCUGUUAAACAAGCAGGAUGCAGAUGCAAACAGGAAACAGCACACUACACCAGCUGGAAGAUAUUUCUCUCCAACAAAAAGUGGUGGUCACAGCCUUCUGUACAGACAGAAUGACAGCCUCUCAGACAAACAGACAGGUGAUUUUAUGUCCCAUGGCAGAUAGGUUAAACACAAUACUCAAUAUUGAGACUGACAAUGACAUAAUAAGUCAUGUUAU